UGUCGGAACACAACAACCAUGGCCCGGUUUCGUCUCCUCGUCUCUCUGCUCUUCAUCCUCUCCUCGAUCACAGCAUCGACGGUACAACAAGGUGAGACAGCAGCAGCUUCUAACGGAGCUUGUUAGCCGAGCUAGAAUCACCGGCAGACCGGCAGCUAACUGGUGUGACAGAGGCGCAGGUCGCCGGGCAUGGUGCCCGUGUCUGUGUGCUCAAACUGGCCUGUCUGUUGUGACGCCGAGUGGGAACACAGUGAAAAUGAGCCGUACGGAGCGUUUGAAACAGGUGUUGUGCCGAGGCAUGCAGGUAAAACUCGGUAGUCAUCCCGUUCGCGUCCCGGUGAGGACACCCCGGAUCUUUCGUCUCCAUGUUGGACCCUGCAACAGACCGGGGGGAGCUGACGGUCACCGAUCGGACCGAAGCACCGCAACACUUGCUCGCAGUGGACGCAGCUCCGUUAGCAUGAAGCAGCGAGAUACUAGUGACAGCGGCUGGUUGAUUCUGUUAAUCUGCUGGUUUAUUUAUCUGGUUUUAUUUAUUUUUCUUUUCUAUUCUACUCAUCUGCUGGUUUAUUUAUCUGGUUUUAUUUAUUUUUCUUUCCUAUUCUACUCAUCUGCUGGUGUACUGUGUGGCGCAUCGACUGUCAGAGACGUUCAGCUUUAUCCGUGGCGGGGCGGUACAUCUGAGGUCAUCAGCCGAACCCUCCCUGGUCCCUCCUUCAAACAGCUCGAGCCGCACUGAGGCCAGUUCCAGACGUGGGGCCCAGUUAGUCUUGGUUCUUUCGCUCAGACCGAACCACGGACUGUUCAUACUCACAUAUCUGCUACACGGCCCGUUUCGUUUCCCGUCAUGUCGAACACAGACAGCAGAUGGACCGAAGCUCCGCGUCGGGACCGGUUCCUGAGGUGUGUGACCCAGCUCUGGGUUUAUAGAGAACCGAGGACUUCCGGCUGUGUUUGGGCUCCAUCGAUGAAGUCGCGAAUAAAUCAAAGCUCCUCCGAAGUCCAGACUGCUUUAGUUAGAAUCCAGUUCGUGUGGAUUCUGAAGGAGUGGCUCGCGGAAAGUCUUCUCGAACUUCUCUUCUUCUGUUCUGUGGCACAUGCGCAGUCUGCGCGCCUGGACGUGGUCCACAGAUUUAUUGUGGAAGAAGGAAGUGAUGUCACCCUACUCUGUUCCCUCGGCAACGACGACAGCAUUGAGAAAAUGGUCUUUGACUGGAAGAAAACUGAUCAGGAGGUCUUCCUGUAUGCUCGUGGCGUUCAUUACAACAAGGGCAUAACCGGCCAAGAUGAGCAGUUCAGAGGUCGAGUCUCUCAUUUUCCAGAGGAGCUGAAGAACGGGAACGCCUCCAUCGUGAUUAGAAACACUGUCCUGGCCGACAGCGGGAACUACACCUGCAUUUUUCCUGAUUUUGAGCCUCAUAGAAGAUUCGACGUUGAGCUGGUUGUCCGUGAGUGUUUUCACAAAGAAACUUGAGUAAAUAAUUGAAAACUGAGAAUUUCAUCUGAAAUGUUCAGUUUUACUCUGAAACUAAAAUCAGUCGAGACGCUAACAGGACACAUUGUACACUGUAA